UACGGCAGCUUACUCAAAACCUAGCAGCAAGGUCGAGCGGUGAUACUUCUGCGUGACACGCCGCGCGGCUCCACCGCACGACACGAACGUGGCGCCGUCGCCAAUAUGAAAAGAAAAUGACAACGUCAAGAGGAGCUGGUAUCCACUUAUGCAGCAUAUUUUAUUUUGAGUGACGUUUUUUACAUUUCGCCGUUGUCAACACGAGCUAGCUCGUCCGGAGCUAGCUGUCAGGAGCUAGCUGUCCGGAGCUAACUCCGCCGGGGCUAAAACAUGAGCUCCGCUCCGAAUCACAGCCGCGCGGGCGUCGCGGAUCCCGGGCUGCCACACGCACCCGCCCCCUCCUCCUCCGUGUCGCUGGUGGAGCAUGCGCGACACGUCUUCGGCCACGUGAAGGUGGAGAACCUGGUGGCGGGACUCAGCGGAGGGGUGGUGUCCACGCUGGUGCUCCACCCGCUGGACCUGGUCAAAAUCCGGUUCGCAGUGAGUGACGGCUUGCACUUACGACCUAAGUACAGUGGCAUCCUGCACUGUAUGAGAAGUGUCUGGCAGCAGGAGGGUCUGCGAGGGCUGUACCAGGGAGUGACGCCCAACGUCUGGGGUGCUGGAGCGUCCUGGGGUCUCUACUUCUUUUUUUACAAUGCAAUCAAAGGGUACAUCAAGGAGGGCCGUCAAACUGAACUGACUGCCACAGAACACCUGGUGUCUGCAGCCGAAGCUGGCGUCCUAACGCUCACCCUGACCAACCCGAUCUGGGUCACCAAGACCCGGCUGGUGCUGCAGUACAAUGCCGACCCAACCAGCAAACAGUACAAGGGGAUGGUGGACGCGCUGGUCAAGAUCUACCGCCACGAGGGAGUGCCUGGACUAUUCAGGGGUUACGUUCCCGGUCUGUUUGGCACAUCGCAUGGAGCGCUGCAGUUCAUGGCCUACGAGGAGUUCAAGAGAGACUACAACAAAUACAAGAAAAUGCCUUCAGAUGCAAAGCUGAAUACAUUGGAAUACAUCACAAUGGCAGCGCUAUCCAAAAUAUUUGCUGUGGCCAUAACGUACCCGUAUCAGGUGGUGCGAGCUCGCCUGCAAGACCAGCACAAUACAUACAAUGGAGUUUUUGAUGUCCUGAGACGCACAUGGAGGAACGAAGGUGCCGUUGGUUUCUACAAAGGCAUCGUCCCCAACGUGAUACGCGUCACUCCCGCCUGCUGCAUCACCUUUGUAGUGUAUGAGAAUGUGUCUGACUUCCUCCUGGGACGAAACAAGUGAGGCUCAAAAGAAGCGCUGGAAAGCGGCAAAGACUCUGAGCUCAAAACUCGACACGUUGGAUGCCAAAGCAGCAGGUUCAGAGAGAAACGCAUCGGACUGAAGCUGAGCGCUCAGGGUACGUGUAAAUGAGUCGAGGUGAGACAUUUCAUUUGCACUGAAAAUGAAUGAGAAAAGUUUGGCAAUUCAACGGUGGAUUUUCUUGCCAUCAGUACGAAUUCUGGAAUGUCAUGAUGAUGUCAUUAUCCUAAACAUUGACUCUGGAGGUGAGGUGUGUUCCUUUUAGCCUCAAUGGAUUUAACGCGGUGAUGAUGAUGGACGUUUUUGUUUAAAAAGUUAGAUAAAUUAAAUAUUUUAUCAUAUCAUGUUUACAUCUUGUUUUCUCAGAGCAGAAAGCUCAUUGUCUUCUACAUGAAAUAGAGAUCUCAGGUUUCUUAUGGCAUGUAUGCACAAUAUUAUUUUGUCUUUUAAAUUAUUUCUUUGUGAACAGCAAAAUGUAAACACGCCAUCUCUCCAAAAAGGCAUUCUUUGUUGGCAUUAUAUUUUGUUUUCUUGCUACAAAGUGUAACAUUUUUUUUAUAAAAUCCAAUGUGUUUUAUCUCCA